AUGUCAACAACUUACAUACACCUGAAGAAACGAACUUUAAUAAGCAAAAGAACGCGGAGGUGGAUAAGGCAACCACCACCGAAGAAACAAAAACAACACAGAGAGAAACAAACAGCACCAAUCCCUCCCAAACUAACAGGGAGGAACAAAACCGAAAAACCACAGAACAGCACACCCCCCGACCCUCAGUUAACCGUAGCUGCCAUAUCCCUCAUAAUAGUGGAUAGCUGCCAUAUCCUUCAUAUCUCAUCCUAA